AUGGCUACGACGGCGGCGGCCACAGGUUCAACUCCUGACAGGAGCGGUACGAGUGUCACUACUGCCACUGCCGAGGCCAGCCCCCUGACAAGUCUCGAUGAACGAUCCGACUCCCUAUCCACCCUCUCCUCUUCUCUCUCCGUCGUGCUGCAAAUUGCAAGUACAGCACUUUAUCGUCUUUCGUCUACGCAGCACAUCCAGAUCAAUCCGGACAUUCCCACUCAUACACAUCUGCAUGCAGGAGGCACAGCUCAAGGUGCUGAUGGGCUCAUUGCCCCUGCGCAGAUCAGGGAAGAUGUAAAGGAGAUGACAGAAGAUUUGAUGGAGAGGGUCAAGUGGAUGAAGGAUGAGAUUGGCAGGUUGGAGGCAGAGAGAAAGGAAGCAGAGCAUGAAGAAGCUCUGAUAGCCCUUGACAAGGAGCUCGUGGUAGUCAAUGCCGAAUACGUGGAAGCUCUGGCUGAAGCAGAGGAAUUGCAAAAGGAGAUUGACGCUCUACUGCUACAAUGCUGCUCGUGA